AUGAUACCUGAAUCAAGAUCUCUGUCACGCUGCUUCACUAGGCUUGGAGUCAUAGUCGCAUGUGUAUGCUUGAUUUUUUUGACACAAGAAGCCCAUGGAAAACCUAUACCGAACAAUCAAUGUGGACUUUGGCAUAGAGUAGCUGAGGAGAAGAUCGGAACUCGGCGUGACUUUGUCAAAAGAUCACUGGUACAAUCAUGUUACCGGGGCAGUACGCGCUUUAAAAAACCAGAAAUGGAACAAGGGAAUUUUUUGGUACACGAUUACAAGCCGUUCGCCCACGAUUCCGAAUCCAACAUGGACCCUCCAAAGAAACCCUUGAAUAUACAUCUUUUCGAAACCUCAGCAGACACAAAAUCGUCCCCGCUAUGGCUUAUGAAACCAAAAGGCUCACCCCUUCAUAAAACUCUAAUCAAACAGUUGUUGAGGAAGUUGGCGUGGGGAGCCGAUUCAAAAAGUUACAAGUUGAAGGAAUUUGAUACAUCAAGUAUGACUAGAGACAACAUUCUCACUGAUACCAAACAUCAAAACAAGGAUGAAAAUGCCAAACUCGCAAUCGAGCAGAAGCCAGUGAUUGUUGAUGGAAAACUAUUCAUAAAUUUUGACUUCUCUGACGCGAAUAGAGAGCUCAUCGAUGGGCUCAUCAGCCCUCCCCCUUCGGAAAGAUCAUCUCCGAACAGGUCACCUAUAAGCGAUGAUGGACCUUUCAGCUUUUACUCGGACGAUGGCGAAUUAAUACGGGGACGGGGCAUAAAAACACCUGAUCGAUUCCCCAGGCGAGCAGAUGUACAUGAGUAUAUGAAAGGAAGAUGGCAUGUGGAGUGGUGA